AUGUCUUCCAUCGAGUGGAAACGUUUGAACGAUGAGAUCACCCAACUCUACGUCACUGAAGAUAGAUCUGCGGAGGACACAAUCAGGACUUUGAACCAGAGACACAAGCUCAGAAUAACUAUCAAGCAGUUCAAAAGGCGAUAUUCAGGCAUGAAAAAGCUGCGCGCCAAUGAAUGGAGAGCCAUCAAACGAGAGAUGCGGAAGCAGAAAGCCGCAGGCAAGGAAUGCCUGGUCUUUCUUAAUGGGCGCCAGCUUGCCCCGGAACGGGUUGUCAGAGAGAUGCGUCGAUAUAGCGGCAUUCGCGGUCAAGAUGUAGAGGAUGGCAGUGUCCCACUUGACAUCGGUAUUGAUACCACAGAUCAGCAUCGGGUAGAACUACGCACAAAGGGCCUCUCAGAGAGCGAUAUCUCGGCAGGCGUCGGAUCGAGCGUUGCACGACUUUGUUUUUCAUCAGAUGCCACUUGUGUUAUAAAAUCUCAUGGCACAAACUCAGCAAAUAUUGAUUCUUUACAGGAGACCUUCCUCGAUAUGGACGGGAACGACCUAGACAUGAGCGCCCUAUUGGAGAACGAAUCACCGGAUCUGCAAACCGUGCAGACCAUGCUUUGCACACGCAGUGAUCAAGCAGGUGUGCACGGCAAUAGUGGAAAUACGACAUCAGCCAUGACUCAGCGACCGUUUCCAACGCCCGAAUUCUUCAUGCCGGGAUACGGUUUUCCUAAUCCAAGCAUGGUCCCGAAGUUUCGCUUCAAGAUACCAGCUCGCUUCUCGAAGAUGUUGCGUAGUAUGGCGGGGGAUAUUCCUCAAGUGAAUCACAUCAUGAAGUAUUAUCUCAAAGGGGAAAUCAAAAGUCGUGCCUCCAACGUCAACCAGCUCCGGUGGCUAGCCCGGCUGGAGACACGAAAUCCUUAUUCUGGCUGGACAGCUCUGGCGAGUGGUGACACUUCUCUACGUCUCAUGAAGCCGAUCUACUCCAUUGCAGAGGACGUUCUCUCUGGCGAAGGCGGCGACGGGAGUUAUCUUGAAAACGCAGAUGCAAAGAAUUGCCACAUUGCUAUGUGCAAAGAUCAGUGUUUGCUGAAUUUAUUCUUUGCCGUUGUUCUACAUCUUAUCUGCAACAACAUCGCAGGGGUUUGUGCAAUACCAUCACUUCUUGAGUGGGCGACAGAAAUGAAUGUCCUGGAUCAACUUGCAACCUACUUGAAGAUUAAUCCAGGCGACCCCGACGCUUUCUUAGAGGCAGCUAUACGAUGUCUCCAACUCGGCCUGGAUAAUUGCACUCCCUUGUCCAGAUCGCACUCUUCUCAAUCCUCAUGGUGGGAGCAGCUGAUUGAACUUUUCGACAAUAAGGGACUGGGAUUUUCCAAAAGAUUGUCCUCUCUUCUCCUUCAUGCUAUUGCAGAUACCACAUCAGUCUCGUCGGCAAGAAUAUUACUUGCCAAUGGAGCUGAUGUCAAUGUUACAGCACCCAUCACACAUGAUCAUAGAAGGUUCAGGGCUCAUCAAUCCUCUGACAUCUCUUUGGGACCCCCACUGUUCCAAGCUAUAUAUUCUACUCAAUACGACAUGGCAAAAGUCCUCAUCGAGGCAGGGUCGGAAAUCGACCGUUGCUAUAAUGGGAGUUCUCCUGAAGUAUCUUGCAACGCUCUCAGUAUUUCCUUUUCAGAAAGCAACCCGAAAUUUGCCGAAAUUCUGCUGGAGAAAGGAGCUCAAAUGCCCCCAUCGAUCAAAGUCGAUUUAUGGCCCAUGCGGAGGCUUUUGGAAUCAACUUGGAAGUUUUACCCAUGUCCGCUUCUUCGACAGUGGAUACUUGAUCACUUACCCCUCAUUGAUCUUGUCGUCAAAGCCGCGGGUAUCAGUAGCACUGAGCUCUCGAAAGUUCUUCUAGCACACAACAUCCUUCAGGAGGCAGCUUUGGAGUGCGCCUUACGUCGAGCCGUCAAGGCGGGAAACGUUCUUGCUGUGCAAACGCUACUCCAACGUGGCGUGGAUCCGAAUCCACCUCCAUGCCAAAUUGAAUGCUCAAAACGUCUAGGGAUUGACGAAGAAUUGGUAGCAGUGGCACCAAUAUGUUUGAUCGAUAAGGGCAUUAAUGAAGAUGAGAGACUCGACAUCAUGGUUCUCCUCUUGCGAGCUGGUUCAGACAUGCCCGAUCAAAUUCUCGAUUAUCUUCUUUUCGAACUUGGAGGGAACUCUACAAUACUCUAUCCUCUUUUAGUACCCCGCAUAUUAGCGACACCAAUACUUGGAGCUUCCGCUUUGGAGAAUGCAGUCGAUUGGGGCCUUUCUCACUGCAGCCUCCUUCUUGAUCACGGGGCUCCCUUAAACUACCAUGGACGCGGCGGAAUGAGCUGUUUACAACGAGCGGCAGGCAAAAACAACCUACUCCUAACACGUUUCCUCCUCGAAAAUGGUGCGGAUGCGAACUUCGCUGCUCAUGAGGAUGGAGGACGCACGGCGCUGCAGAGUGCUGUCGAACGCGGGGCAACUCCAGUCGUGGAAUUUCUCCUCAGUGUUGGAGCAAAUAUAAAGGCUGCUCCGGCGAAGAGGAACGGGGUUACCUUGCUUGAAGCCUUGGCCAAGUCUUCUUUCUUUAAUCUUGACUUAUCCUCGAAGUUAGAUCAGUUCCGAAAUUGGGUGGCCAAGGGUGCGCCUAUCAACCGCCCAGAUGGAGAUGACGGCAAGUUACUACACUACUUCGUCCGGUACUUCGAUCAUGCGUGCCUGGAAGAAGCAUUAGUCUUAGGGGCAAAAACAGACGCCAGAUGCCACGAGGUUCAGGAUGAAGAGGCCAUGGCAGACAUCAACGCGCCUCCGAGUGGUGCCUACGGCAGAACCGCAUUGCAAGAAGCGACUUGUAAUACCAGUGGACGGUGUGGUCAUGAGAUGAUGCAGCUUCUGCUUUCCUUCGGCGCAGAUGUUAACGCGCCACCUGUAAGGGAAGGCGGCAUCACGGCCUUACAGGGGGCAGCAAUCAGUGGCGAUUUGGGGGCUGCCAAGAUGCUGCUGGAGCGAGGAGCAGAUAUCAACGCCCCUGCCGCAGCUGAGAAUGGGAGGACGGCGAUUGAGGGAGCUGCCGAGCACGGCCGCCUGGACAUGGUCCAAUUUCUGCUCGAUAAUGGCGCUAAAGGGGAGCACGAGACUGGGUUCUCCAAGGCCAUUGAUCUGGCAGAGGCAGAAGUCCAUUUCAGGAUUGCAAAGGUUCUGCGGGCGCAUGUUGAGACUCCGGCGUACCCGGACCUGGCUUAUGGAGAGAGUAGCGAUAGAAUUGCUAUUGGACCUCCUCCAGAUUUUGUAAUAUCGGACGAGACCUUGUAUCAUUUUGAUUUCGGGUUCAUGGAGUAA